AUGCAACACAUUUUUGAAGUCACUGAUACAGAGACAUCCUCCGUUAAAGGCAACAAGAUUGUAGCCCCUCCUCCUACCGAACUCAUCAAAGUUCUCGCGCGCAUUACCAGCGCAAUAGAAAUCAUGUCAGUUCGCAAUAGUGAUAGCAUGCGUGAUCAAGCGUUUGCAUUUCUGGUCCCGAAACUUCAGGCUCUUCAAACGAGAACCUCUGAUCUUCGAAAAUUUUAUGAAUCAUAUCGAGCCCGCUGGGCCGAAACGUUAACCAAACUGGCAAUCGAGUGUCAUAAAGUUGCGGGUAGAGUUAGUCGUUUAGAGCACGAAUGGGAGCUCAUCCUGGAUGAGGUGACUAGAAUUGGGAAGAUCAAGGCAAGAGUGGACGAUAUGCAAAUGGUAGCUAAAGCUGCAAAUGAGGAAAAGACUGGAGUGUUGAAUGAUAAGAGUGAAAGAUGGGUCAGUGAAAGAAAGAAAAUUUGGGACUCUCUAGGCUGGGGUGCUUUAUAUUCAAAGGGGGAAAAAGUGGCAAGGAGUAAAGAGGCUGCUAUUAUCGAUUCUCAUGUUUUGGACGUCGGGAAUUUAGAUAAACUCGAAAUUUUCUCGGAUGAUGUCAUGCGCAUGAUAGCAUCAGACACCGAAUUGUGGAAUAUGAUAAUCGAUCAUAGCGAAAAGUUUCUGCAUAAGCAAAGUAAGAUUUUUGGCAAUGGGGUUAAGGCGGAGAAGAGGGAGCCGGAUGAAGUUUGGAUAAAUUGGUUUGGGGCCGGGGAGUGGAAGGCCAAAAAGGGAGAUGAGAAGAGUAAUACAGAAUCGAAAGGCCAAGGUAGCGCAGCCUCGCACGAAAGAAUCGCGGAGUUGAGGCAAUGGGGGAAGGAUGUUUCCAAAUGGGCUAAGAUGACAGCUAAUUUUGCAAGACUUUUGAAUGAGUUGGCUCAGGAUAGGGCUUAA